GUCGUGUGAAAAGACUCGGGUCUUCUAAUUACCAUGAACUGGUCACAAAAUUGAACAAACCAAAACACACAGGAAAAAGCAGAACAUUCAACACAUGUUAAAGACAUAUCGUAAUCAAAUUCAAAUCCAAACGAAAAAAGUCCCCUGAAAAUGUCUAGUUUUCUGAAGAGAAUACGCAGCAUGUUGAAUCCUCAACCGAAACGCGAGAUCUCUAACGAGGAGGUCAGCUCUCCACGAGAUGCCAACUCGCGCAAAUUUAAUACAUUGCCCCGCAACUAUGCCACAAAGUCCAGUUCCAUACGGCGACGAGCGAGUGCCUCAAGAUUGUGGAAUCGUCUCGUAUCGCAUACUGAGCCACCCACGGAGGGGCUAUUUUAUACAGAUACGGGCGAAUACAUCAAGCAUCCCGUUCUGUAUGAGCUCAGCCAUAAAUAUGGCUUCACAGAGAAUCUGCCCGAGAGCUGUAUGUCCAUACGGCUCGAGGAGAUCAAAGAGGCCAUCCGACGUGAGAUACGCAAGGAGCUGAAGAUCAAAGAGGGCGCCGAGAAGUUGCGCGAAGUGGCCAAGGAUCGUCGAUCGCUCAGCGAUGUCGCCGUCCUCGUCAAGAAGAGCAAAAGCAAAUUGGCCGAACUGAAAUCGGAGCUGCAGGAACUGGAGAGUCAAAUACUGCUCACAUCCGCCAACACGGCGGUCAAUAGCAAUGGUCAAGAUUCGAUUGCGUUCACCAUUGAUGGCAGCGGUGCUGCACAGUUCGCUGGCGGUUUGGGUGGCAACAAUGCGAUGGCUGGCGGUGGUGCACCGGCAACGCCCAAUGAUAAAGUGCUUGCCUCGCUGGAGAAGCAGCUGCAGAUUGAGAUGAAGGUGAAGGCGGGUGCCGAGAAUAUGAUUCAAUCGCUGGGCAUUGGCUGCGACAAGAAGUUGCUCGCCGAGGCGCACCAGAUGCUUGCGGACUCAAAGGCCAAAAUCGAGUUUCUUCGCUUGCGCAUCAUCAAAGUCAAACAGAAUCGCGAGCAGGCGGAUCGCUUGAGGGCCGCCCGUCUCUUAACCGGCGAUGAGCAUGCUGUCCUCGGUGGCGUCGGCGGUGGCGGUGGUGUUGCAAUUGGAGUGGGAGGUAACAUGCAGCCGCAGAGCCUGGAGACGACGCUGGAGGAGCGCAUUGAGGAGCUGCGUCAUAGACUGCGCAUCGAAGCCGCUGUUGUGGAUGGUGCCAAGAAUGUUAUACGCACGUUGCAGACGGCGAAUCGUGCGCCAGACAAAAAGGCGCUGCAAGAGGCACACGGCCGUUUGUCGGAAUCAUCGCGUAAAUUAGAUCUCUUGCGCUACUCCUUGGAGCUGCGCCGCCAGGAGCUGCCCGCCGACUCGCCCACUGCCCAGCUGUUGAAGCAGGAGUUGCAAAUAGUGCAGCAAUCCACAUCGCCGGCACCGGUUCAUUACACAUCGCUACAGAGCGGACCGGGUGGGCUGCUGGGUGGAAAGUCGUAUCAAUCAGUAUCGUCGAUGGGUCGUUGCGCCAGUGUCACCGGCAAGCUGGAGGUGCGUCUGAUGGGCUGUCAGGAUCUGUUGGAGGAUGUGCCCGGACGUUCGCGUCGCGACAAGGACAACAGCUCCAGUCCCGGUGAUUUGCGCAGCUUUGUCAAAGGCGUCACCUCGCGCAGCAGCUCCAAGAGUUAUUCGGUUAAGGAUGAGACCUCCAUUGAGAUUAUGGCUGCCAUUAAGCUGGACAACAUUACGGUGGGCCAAACGUCGUGGAAGCCAUGCUCACAGCAGGCCUGGGAUCAGCGCUUCUCCAUCGAUCUAGAUCGCUCUCGUGAGCUGGAGAUUGGCGUCUAUUGGCGCGACUGGCGCUCCCUGUGCGCCGUCAAGGUGCUCCGGCUCGAGGAGUUCAUCGAUGAUGUGCGUCAUGGUAUGGCGCUACAGCUGGAGCCGCAGGGUCUGCUCUUUGCCGAGGUCAAGUUCUUCAAUCCGAUGAUCUCGCAGAAGCCACGGCUGCGACGCCAGCGCAUGAUCUUUAAUCGGCAGCAGGCCAAGAAUAUACCGCGUGCCAAACAGAUGAACAUCAAUGUGGCGACCUGGGGUCGUCUGCUCAAGCGCAAUGCACGCAAUCAUGUGCACCUGGGCGGCAACGGCAGCAAUAAUGCCACAACAGUUGCUGGUGCCACUGCCAUGGGACGCGCCUCUUCACCACUGCCCAGCAGCGCCGCCUCCCGUGGCUCCGAGUCGCCCAUUUCGCGAACACCCUCGUCAGAUGCGCUGGCCAUCGAACCGGAGCCGUAUUCACCCGGCGAACAGGCCCAAAAUAUGGAAUUCGAUCCGGAGGCUGGACUGCAUGAUCAUGUUGAGACGCCCGGCGAGUAUGCCGAUCCCGGCUCGAGCGGCUUGAGCGGUCUGCGUCCGCUCUCCCUGCAUAUGCAGGGUAUCAGUGUGCUGCCACCGGAGACACCACCGCCGGCAAGCAGCGUUCAGCCCAGCGCGGCCAGACCAAAUUCGCUCAGUCUGCAGAUGGCUGGCAAGACGACAGUUGGACGCACUGCAGCACCAACCACAGCGCCGCCACCGCCGCCUGUGCUCAAGGCCGUGACGCCUAUCCUGGAUCAAGAGUUGCAGGAUGCGUUGCAUGAAUUUGACUUCCUCUCCGAAAUGGAGUCACAUCCAAACACGCUGCGCCGCAUGCUGCACACACAGCAGUCACCCGGCUGGUCCAUGGAGCAGUUGCAACUGGAGCAGGAGCUGCUAGCGACACUGCAGCAGGAGCAACAGCAGCAAACGGAUCAACAGCAGAUGCAGCAGAACACCGCAAAUCGAAUGGCAGCGCUGCACGUAAUGCAGAUAGAGACCAUUAUGCCCUUGCAAGAAUCGCCAGCAACGCCGACCCCUGAACCGCAACCUGAACUAACCAAGAGUCGCCAGCAAACUGAUCAAAACCACCAGCACAGGCAACAAAGCGCUAGCGAGCUCACCUUAUCAAUACGCAACCCGUUUCAGUUCCAGCUGCCCCCAAGGCCAACGACAUUGCCACCCCCAGUGCCCACAUCGGCUGUGGAACAGCAGCUGCAUCGUCCAGUGUUAACGCUGCCUCCGGUGGUGAUCCUGGGUGGUGAUCCUGACGAGCCGAAGCCAGCGUCGCCACUGGUUGAGUAUCCCGAGGAUGAUGAUGAGUAUGUGUACAGCGGUGGUCUGCAGUCCAGUCACAGUUCCAGUGCCGAUCGUUUCUGUGUGGAGGCUAGAAUCAAUCUUGUACACAUUACCAUCGAACCCAUUGAGACAACAACACCAACAAACAGCAGUCGCAGCAACAGCAACAUCAGCAGCAGCAGCUGCAUUGUUAUUGAGGAUUCUGCCAAGGAGACAAUAGCUAUUGAAAGUGUUUUCAUAGAAACGGUUGAGUGCGUUAAACCACUCGAUGAGGUCAUACCGCAGCUGGGUAAGCUUUAUGUGAGCACACAGCAGCAGCAACAGCAGCAACAGCAACAACAGCAGCAGCAACAAUUGCCCUAUGUGCAGUCCUCGCCCAUCAUCCAGGAGCCGGCCACACCUACCAUUUAUGGCAAUAGCGCUGCUGCCGGCGCACCACAAUUUCCGCAGCCCACACAGCGACAGGACAAGCCACAACAACAGCAACAACCCAUAUAUGCCAAUCAAUACGAGCUGAAUGUGGCCAAGGCCACGGCAGCUGGUACAGCAGCUGCGGCUGCCUCCACUAGCGGACGUCGGAAUGUGGCACGUGGCUUGCAGUAUCGCGAACCCGGCUACGAUUCGCAGCGUGCUGGUCAAGCACCAUCCAAUGCCGGCAUGCUGUCCAUGGACAAUUUCCGGCUAUUGAGCGUGCUGGGACGCGGGCACUUUGGCAAAGUGAUAUUGUCGCAGCUGCGCAGCAACAAUCAAUACUAUGCCAUCAAGGCGCUCAAGAAGGGCGACAUCAUUGCGCGCGACGAGGUCGAAUCGCUGCUCAGCGAGAAGCGCAUCUUUGAGGUGGCCAAUGCCAUGCGUCAUCCGUUCUUAGUCAAUUUGUAUUCGUGCUUCCAAACAGACCAACAUGUCUGCUUUGUGAUGGAAUAUGCUGCCGGCGGUGAUCUGAUGAUGCACAUCCACACCGAUGUCUUCUUGGAGCCACGCGCUGUCUUCUAUGCGGCGUGUGUGGUCCUGGGUCUGCAGUAUCUGCACGAGAACAAGAUCAUCUAUCGCGAUUUGAAGCUGGACAACUUACUGCUCGAUACGGAUGGUUAUGUGAAGAUCGCCGAUUUUGGUCUGUGCAAGGAGGGCAUGGGCUUUGGCGAUCGCACCGGCACCUUCUGCGGCACACCCGAAUUCCUCGCGCCCGAGGUGCUAACCGAGACAUCGUACACACGUGCCGUUGACUGGUGGGGACUCGGUGUGCUCAUCUUUGAGAUGCUCGUCGGCGAGUCACCCUUUCCUGGCGACGAUGAGGAGGAAGUCUUUGAUUCAAUUGUUAACGAUGAGGUGCGCUAUCCGCGUUUCCUCUCACUGGAGGCCAUAGCCGUUAUGCGUCGGCUGCUGCGUAAGAAUCCGGAGCGACGUCUGGGCUCAUCGGAGCGCGAUGCGGAGGAUGUUAAGAAACAGGCAUUCUUCCGUUCCAUCGUUUGGGAUGACCUGUUGCUGCGCAAGGUCAAGCCACCAUUUGUACCCACAAUUAACCAUUUGGAGGAUGUCUCGAACUUUGAUGAGGAGUUCACGUCGGAGAAGGCGCAUCUGACGCCGCCAAAGGAGCCGCGACACCUGUCCGACGACGAACAGUUGCUCUUCCAGGACUUUUCAUACACGGCCGAGUGGUGUUAAUCCCGCUCAUUAUUCUUAAUGGAUCCCAGGGCCCUGGGCCUAGCUCAGUUAAAUAAGUUGUAUAAUGCUUUUACACAUGUGCAGCGAUUUGUUUAGCCACAUGAAUCGAAGGAUAUACCCCGAUACAUAUAUACUAUAUAUAUUUGCAAACCGUGUGCAUGUUUUGCUCAGAAGCAUUAACCAAAUUGCCUAGAAUAUUCUACAUUCAUGUAAAACUUGGAUCAUCAAUCAUACAUACAUCAUAUACAGUCAGUCAUCAUCGAUUUUCCAGAGCUGCUAAAAUUGAUAUAUAGUACACACAUUAUCUCAUUAUCAUUAUCAUUAUCAUUGUACAGCAUAUGAACAUUUAAGAAAGUAGUAUUUUAUUUCGAUUGCUUUAUCCUAAAUCAAAUAUUGAAUAGUCUGACGAACCUUUGGAAAGCCUUAAACAUAAAUGUUGUAGAUUUUUUGGACAGAUUUUUUUCAGAAGCCCGGUUCUAUAUUUUAUAGAUGAUUGUUGAAAUAUUGAAGAAAAAAGAUAAGAACCAUAUUUAUACACAGCUAUUUUACAAGCGCCAGUAGAUGAGUUUAAGGGCAAUAACAGAAACAUACAUAAACAGAAUAACAAAUAGAAAAACACUUGCAUAUUUUCAUAUUAAACAUACAAAUCACAUUCAAAAUGUUGAGAGAACAAAUGAAAAAAGUCAUAAUAUUGUAUGCACUCUAAUAAAUUAUAGGUAGAUACAUAUAGACAUACAUAAAAUACAUAUAAGAACGAUUAAACGAGCUCAUACAUACAUACAUUUAUACAUAACACACAUACAAUAACAACAACAACAAAAACAAUAACAACAACAAAAUAUUUACAAUUUUAAAACUGUAUAUUUUUUUCAAGUUCAGUCAACUCCUCAGCCCAUUGCCCGAGUUGAAAUAUUAUAUUAGUUAUAAAUGCUUAUACAUUUGUUAUUUAUUAUUGUACUUUAAAACAAAAACGAAAAGAAAACACAAACAUAAAAACUGUAUUGCUUUGAGCAUUUUUUGAAUUUUUUUAAACAUUUUAAUUCAAUUUCUUAUUGAAAAUGAUUGUUUGUAUGCGGCGCACGCUUUAAAAAAAAAACAAAAACAAAACAAGAAAGAAAACAUGAACCUCUGACAGGAGAAAUGUAUGAGAAAUGCCCAACAAGAAAAUUUAUUAGUGGUAUUCUCAUCAAUUGCAUGCAAUCAGAUUGUUAAUACACUUAAGAUAUAUAUUGUAUAUUUAGUGUUAUUUUUAAUUUUGUAGCUAAGUUAUAGUAUUCGAUAAUUGAAAUUUAGGUAUAAGUUACACAAUAAUGUCAUGAUAAUUAUAUUACGAUUAUUGAUUACAACUAUGAUUAUAAAUAUGAAUAUGAUUACGAUUAUAAUUAUGAUUACGCACGCGCCCAAUGCAGCGAGUUCUAUUGUCAUUUAUUAUGUGCAUAGUCCUCAGGCAACACUUAGGAUCGUUUGAAAUUGUAGUUGAUGAACAUCGAGCAGCUAAUUUGCCAACAUGCUAAAGCAUUGAUUUGCCCAGCCUAUGGGGCUAUGCACAUAAUUGUUAUUUAUGCAACUAUGAUAUGAUUUUUUAAUAAAUGUAUCUAUCGCUAUU